AAAAAAAGGACAGGGUGUACUGCGCAUGCGCGGUCUCGGCUCCAGCAGUUCAAAGUCUCCGCUGUCCGUUCACUUAAUUCUCAUUAACCCAAUAAUACUGCAGCGCGUGAGUCGGUUCUCGUGACGUCAGAGGGCACCGCUUUACCUCCUCGUUCCUUCUACCUGAGCUCGAGCUCACCUGCCGCAUGUCUGGGCGCGUGUGCGUUUCUAACCCGAGCUUUUCGCUUUGCUUUCUCUUCCGUUAGCGCGUGCACUUCGGCCCGUUUCUCCUCCGCAGAACCCGAACUGCGCCACAUUCACCUCCUGCUGUUCUUCUGCAACUUUCCUCCAAACCUGAAACUUUUACACCAGCGAGGGUUUUUUUUAUUAUUAUAAUGAAGUGAUAUAAAUCUAAUGUAAUAAGUAAAAAAAAAAAAAAAACAUGAACGACGGACGAAUUUAUAAUCCCGACUUUUAUUUCUCCGGUUUUUUUCUUGGAGUCUUUCUGUUUGUGGUUUGCAACAAUGUUGCGUCUAAUCUGAUAUCGGAUCUUUGAUCCUGGAAGGGGGAAUGGCAUGCAGUCUAGGUCUGAUCUGAUCUGAUCUGAUGUGAUUUGAUGACCUGGUGUUGAGUUUUAUGACGGGUUUUCACAGCCGGAGAGAUGUGAAGGUUUUGGAGAGGAGAUCAGAUCUGACAUCACGGAUUUACACUCCUCCUCUGAGCUCAUUCCAUCCAGUGCUGAGGUCUGAGGAGCAAAACCGCUUCAUCUCCAAUCCACAUUUCAACCAGGAUUAAAGGAUAAACUGAGAUGAACCCGGCCAUCUGUUAAAGCAUUGUAUCAGCUUUGAGCGAUGGAUUGUUGGCUGAACCUCAGCAAUAAUCCAGCCAAGAACAUAUCUUUAGGAGAUCAUCCCACGAGAGGCUCGCUGAACCCCAUGGGGAGUACCGAACCCACCGGCUCCUCGUCCACUGACGUCUCGAAUGGACUGAGCAGCAACGUAAGCGUUCACAGAGAAUUUCCAAUGGGACACGAUGCUCAAGAGCCGGACGCUAAAGAUUUCAAGAUAGAGCAAAGGCUGAAGGAAGGCUUUAACCUUAAGGAUAACCUGGCUCUCCUGGAUGAGAGCAUCGCUGAUUUAAACCGCAACUCGAAUUCGGAGAACUUGUGCUUCCGAACCCCUGAUGGAUUCACACUCAAAAUGGAUGAUUUUUCCCCACUGGAUAAAGCAGACUAUUGCUUCAGGUCGUACGAGCAGACCGAAGAGGAUGAGUCUGGGAAGGAGAGACUGAUUGAAGAGAAUACGUUGGAUAUCCUUCAGAGUCUGGACUUACCUGGUUCUCUUUCGGAUCUCAACGAGUUCUGCAUGGCGAAUGACGCCGCUUUUUUUCCUUCCCUGGAGGUGCCGGACGUGGCACUCGCAGACAGCGGGAUGCUCAAGGAUACCAAACAUGUUGCGCUCGGGAAUAACAUGAAUGGGAAUGAUAAAGCACAGCCACAGCAGACUCUGGAACAUAACCUCAGUGUUCCUGUCAUAAAGACGGAGAAAGACACCGACUUUAUUCAGUUGUGCACACCUGGAGUAAUCAAACAAGAAAAUGAGAGGAGAGGUUGCUGUCAGAUGGCAGCAAUGUCUGGGCAUCAUGGAGCGUCCAUCAGUCUGGGCAUGGACAGCCAGUCGUACCACUACGGAGUCAGUAGCUCUUUGCAAGACCAGAAGCCUGUGUUAGGAUUGUAUGGUCCUUUACCAAUUCCCAGUGAGGGCUGGAAUCAUGGAAAUGGAUAUGGAGAUGCAUCAAGGAUGCAGAGCACCAGCAAGGCUGUGUCUCAACCGUGUCCUUCCACCUACACAUACAGUUCACUGCUCAGGCCUGAAGUCAGCCCCAGUUCGUCUGGUUCUGCUCGACCCAAAGGUUCAGCCAGUAAGACCUGCCUGGUGUGUUCAGACGAGGCGUCAGGGUGUCACUACGGCGUUCUGACCUGCGGAAGCUGCAAAGUGUUCUUCAAAAGAGCUGUAGAAGGAUGGAGAGCACGACAAAGCACGCAUGGCCAACACCACUAUCUUUGUGCCGGGAGAAACGACUGCAUCAUCGACAAGAUCCGCAGGAAGAACUGUCCCGCCUGCCGCUUUCGCAAAUGCCUCCAAGCGGGAAUGAAUCUAGAGGCACGCAAGAACAAAAAGCUGAUCAAACUAAAAGUGCAGCAGGCCACACCCGAGUCUCCUCCCACUGCCUCUGAGCAUCAGUCGUCUCUCGUGCUCAAGUCCAUGCCUCAGCUUGUCCCCACCAUGCUGUCGCUGCUAAAGGCCAUCGAGCCUGAGACCGUGUACGCCGGCUAUGACAGCACCAUCCCAGACACCUCCAUACGCCUCAUGACCACCCUGAACCGACUCGGGGGGCGCCAGGUCAUCUCCGCCGUCAAGUGGGCCAAAGCACUGCCAGGUUUCCGGAAUCUGCACCUGGACGAUCAGAUGACGCUGCUGCAGUGCUCCUGGCUGUUCCUCAUGUCCUUCGGCCUCGGAUGGAGAUCCUAUCAACAGUGCAACGGAGGAAUGCUCUGCUUCGCUCCUGACCUCGUCAUCAAUGAGGAAAGGAUGAAGCUGCCCUACAUGGGUGAACAGUGCAAGCAGAUGAUGAAGAUCACCAACGAGCUGGUGCGACUUCAGGUCUCCUACGACGAGUAUCUGUGUAUGAAAGUCCUGCUGUUGCUCAGUACAGUACCGAACGAUGGGCUGAAGAGCCAAGCUGUGUUUGAUGAAAUCCGCUUGUCCUACAUUAAAGAGUUGGGCAAAGCCAUCGUGAAACGGGACGAGAGCUCCAGCCAGAACUGGCAGAGGUUCUAUCAGCUCACCAAGCUUUUAGACUCCAUGCAGGAGAUGGUGGAGGGAUUGCUCAACUUCUGCUUCUACACGUUUGUGAACAAGUCCAUGAGUGUCGAGUUCCCUGAUAUGCUGGCUGAAAUCAUCACCCACCAGCUUCCCAAAAUCAAAGACCGCAGCGUCAAACCUCUUCUCUUUCAUCAGAAAUGACUGCCUUCAGAUACAGACGAUGCCUUAACUUCACCGAGAGCCCACAGCCUUGAGCAGAUCUUCAGCGAUCACGGCUUUCUGAGUGACACUGCAUGGUUUAUUCUGAAUUUUUGAACUCAGUGUCUCUGAAGCUUGCUUUGGAGGGAAAAUAAUGACAAAUGAUAAAACAGAGGACUGGAUUUAUAGAGCGAGAGAGAGAGAGAGAAUACACACACACACACACACACACACACACACAGACACACACUAAGGAACAUCAGAAAAGGGAAAAUGUGCCUUUAAAAAAAAACAAAGCGCUGCGAUAUGGAUUUCUUACUGUAAAUGGCUUACAUGCUUUUUGUGUUGGUGCCUUGUAUCUGUGGUGGCUUUUCUGCUCUCCUUGAAAAGAGCAGUGUUCAGUGUUCUACAGCAGGCAGCUGAGUGAUCCUCAGGAGUGCUGAAAGUCAGGACCCUCGCUCGGAAAUACUGUAGAACGCUUUUUCUCGGUUUUCCGAGGCAGAUCUUCUGCGUGUUGUUCAUGCGGUCGUGUGGUUUUUGUGUUUCUGAAGACAGGCAUCAGGUGACUUUGGAGUAAAGUGUAGGUUCAGCUACAUUCCCUGGGAUUUGAGAUGUUGCAGGUUUUUAUUCUCUGUUGGCUGAACUCAACCAUCAAACACCAAAUGAAAGGUUUUCCAUCUUCAUUUGUUCUUUCGUCUUAGCAGCAGAUCAGCUUCUGAUUCAGACUCAAAUGGGUUCAUGAACAGAUCGAAGCAGGAACUCUGUGAGCUGUGAGUCAGUGAUGAUCCUCACUGCAGCUUCAUCUCUGUCCUGAAACAAUCCUUUUAAUUAGAAUUUGAACAAAAAAAACUUUAAACUGCUUCCUGUUUUUCCACAUUUUGUGAUCCUUAAAAAAAAGUUUCAUUAGUGAAGAUCAGAAGGUUUGUUACCAAACAGUAGUUUUUUUGCACUGCUUGUACUUUAAGUAGAGGCUGCGUGUGUGUGUGUGUGUGUGUGUGUGUGUGUGUGUGUGUUUGUUUGUGUGUGUGCACGUGUGUGUGUGUGU